GUUUAUGUGAUUUGACUCUCAUAUGCCUUUCUUACUCUAGUCAAUUUCAUGUACUGCAUUGGUGAAGAUGACGACGCAUAUAUUUCUCUGGAUAAUUCCCUAUGUAUAAGAGCCACAAUUGAUCAACAAAUGAAAAUAAGAGCUGCUAGCAAAACUCAAUGAGCUUUGGAGGACCCGGAAAAAUCAGUCCCCAUCCCAACCCAUUUUCCCAAACAGAAAAUGAGAAAAUUUGCCUCGUGGUUAAUUAGAUGGAUGAAAUAAUUAGGAUGACAAAAAUGCCCCCAAAUUAUGACGUGGCAAUAUUUUUAUUGCCUCCUAUACUACUACCUCCGAACGCCCACAACACCAUUUUACUCUUUACUCGGAGAGAGCGCGAAUUGAAGGAUCAGGUUUGUGUCUUUUUGACUGCGAAAUCGAUUUGGGAAUUAGGGCUCGGCCCAUAAAAAAAAAUUGAAAAUCAUGGGGCGGCUGUUUAUAGAGACGCUGAGUGGGCCAAGGAUCUUCAAGUGCAGGUAUUGCAAGGUGGACUCUGCUUCCCGCGACGACGUCGUUUCCAAGGAGUUUCAGGGCCGUUAUGGCAGAGCCUAUCUCUUCAGGAAUGUGGUAAAUAUAUCUCUUGGGCCUAUUGAAGAGAGGCAACUCAUUAGCGGAUUGCAUACAGUGAACGACGUAUAUUGUAGCUCUUGCCAGCAAAUUCUGGGCUGGAAAUAUGACAAGGCUUAUGAGCCAAGCCAAAAGUAUAAAGAAGGAAUGUACAUCCUGGAGAGGGAACGGAUGCUGAAGGAGGGUUGGUGAUGCUUGGACAGGAAACAUUUGCGAGAAUAGACCAAAAGCCAUCUCUUUGCAAUACUAUACACUUUCUGUAAGUAAACAGUGUUCAUCCAGAUUGCAGCUGGUGCAACUUUAGGAUAAGACCUUUUUGAUUCUGAGCACCAAACGGCAAUAAUAGUGUUCUGUUUAUUGGAUUUCUUGUGUCUUUGAAAUAGCUUCAUCAAAAGAUUAUGGAAUUGUGUCAUGGUUUGGCACAUGUGGUGGUUUCAUGUUAAUGCUUGCUUUCUGUAAAAGACACGGUAAGCGGCCGUCAUGAAAUGAUUAUGGAAUUGUGUCAUGGUUUGGCACAUGUUGUGGUUUCA